AUGGAGGUGAAGCGCGAACGAACGAUGAGCAUGCCACCGCUUUCUCCGUCUAGGCGGAGGUCCUCCAUCGCUGCUAUACUGGCCAAGAUGUACUUCGUAGGCGAUGACCCUGGACCCAGUGACGGCGGUGUCGUUACAACUAAUUCGCCCGUAAACAAGAGGAGAGUUUUCAUGGGGCAAUGGCUUCCUCCUCCUUUACGAAAACUAAGUACGCCCAAAGUUGAAAAGAACCAGCCUGCAGAAAGACCUCCUCUCAAGAAAACACCAUCAGAUAAGAGGUUCAAAUCUCCAACGAGUGAGAGUAAACCCGCGGACGACACAGGCGGUCAGAAUGGAGACGAAGCCGACGAGGAAGUGCUAGAGCUGCCACCGCCCAUGAAGCCCAUCUCAGAGCCUCUGCUCGUCCCAAACACUGAAGACGCUCAGGCACAGAGGGAACAACACUCCGAGAAGACAUCCCAAGUUACACCAGUAAAGUCUCCACCUGAACCUCCACCGCCACCUCCUCCUCCAUUGGAGAGUGCAGAAUUAUCUCUCCAAAAGAGAAAAUAUGUUAUCCAGGAGUUGAUUGACACAGAAAGGGACUAUGUUAGGGAUUUAAGUCUUGUUGUCGAAGGGUAUAUGGAGCUAAUGAGAGACCCAGAACGCCCCGUGCCAAUGCCCGAUGACUUGAGAGGUGGAAGGGACAAGAUGGUGUUUGGCAACAUUGAGGCUAUUUACGAAUGGCAUAGAGAUUCAUUUUUGAAAGCUCUCGAGAGAUGUUGUGAACACCCUGAGGAAUUGGGUUCCCUUUUCAAGAGAUAUGAAAGGAAGUUAAGGAUGUACGUCAUAUAUUGUCAAAAUAAGCCUAAGUCAGAAUACAUUGUCUCCGAUUUCGAGAACUAUUUCGAGGAUUUGAGACAGAAGUUAGGACAUAAGCUACAAAUUUGUGACUUGCUUAUAAAACCUGUUCAGAGGGUAAUGAAAUACCAACUCCUCCUAAACAACAUUUGUAAAUAUACAGAGAGAGCAGGUUUAACCAGUGAAACUGAUGCUUUAAGGCAAGAUAUUGCGGUUCUACAGGUAGUUCUCAAGGCAGCCAAUGAUAUGAUGGAUGUUGGAAGGCUUCAAGGAUUUGAUGGCAAGAUCACUGCUCAGGGAAAACUCCUGCUUCACGGUACACUUCUCUGCAGUGAAGGUACCUCUACGGCCAAUUUUAAGGGCAAAGAGCUGGUAGUCUUCCUAUUUGAGCAGACUAUUAUCUUCUCUGAGGCAGUUGGAAAGAAGACGCAAUUUACUAAUCCAGUUUACAUCUACAAGGCCCAUAUCCAGGUGAACAAAAUGAGCCUUGAUGAAAUCACAUCGCGAGAUAAGGAUGAUUACUCGAACGAACCAUUCAUAAUCCGUUCCACUGAUCCUAAGAAACCAGGAACCUCCUAUGCAUGCCUACCGGCCCCCGAACUACGGAGUGAGUGGUUGAGCAACCUGCGAAACAUCCUUCAGACACAGAGGGACUUCUUGAAGGCCAUCCAGAGCCCCAUCCAGUACCAGAACAAACUGACCAAGGACCCGACAUUUGGUUCCCGAGAGCCAAGCCCACCUCUCUCGCACACUGAUUGCCCUGAAGUCUAUGUCUCUCAGUCACAUUGCAAAAGGCAAAGUUUACUCGGAGGCUUCAGAGCUACCUUGCGUCGGGCUCGCAGUGAAGUUCCCCAGCGCCACGCUGGUCAUGUACGGAGGUGGUCUGAUUCGAGCUCAUCAUCGAGUGGGGAUUGCGGAGCCGCUGCUGAGGACAAGGAUGGGACCAAGUCGUGGAGCUGGGAAGAGGAUCCCCUCUACAGAAGAUACCAACAGCUGGAUCUGAUCGGAAUAGGAAAGUAUAGUGAAGUUUAUGCAGGGAAGGAUGUAGUUACUGGUCAGGAAGUUGCAUUGAAGAUCAUAGAUAAGAGAAGACUGCCUUCAGAAGAUGGACCCAAAGACGAAUAUAAGAAACUUUCGGAGCUGUGCCACAGGAACAUUGUCUCAGGUUUAACUCUGUUCACCGAGUCGCCCAAGGAAUAUUUGGACACCAUUGUUAUGACUAGGGUCAAGGGGUCACAAAUUCUUGAACAUAUCUGCAGUGUGCAAGGGAAAGAAGCCAAAAUAAAGAAACUAUUCCUACAACUGAUUUAUGCCCUGCAGUAUCUUCUCUCACAACAUGUAAUACAUGGAGACAUAAAGCCUGAAAAUGUUCUCGUCGAGAGUGAUGGUACUGUAAGGCUGGUCGACUUCGGACCCUCUGAGCCUGAUCAAGAAUUUACAGCCCCUGAAGCUCUUACUGCUGUAACAACCCAUUCUUCAGACAUGUGGAGUUGGGGAGUUCUGCUCUAUGUUACUCUUAGUGGUGUUUCACCUUUCCUUGACGACUGCCCUGAAGAAACCUUCAACAAUAUUUGCACCGCCAAUUACAGUUUUCCUCCUGACUAUUUUAGCGGUGUUCCUGAAGAUGCACUGUUCCUAGUUACGUCAGCUUUGGCUCCAGAUCCUGAUCAGAGGGCAUUGCCCAACAGUUUACUUCUGUCGCCAUGGUUUAAAGAGAAUGAUUCAGAUUGGGCAGCUCCUGUAGAAAGAUUAUUGAAUUUUAUUGAAAGAAGAAGAAAGUCUACGUGUUGUGGUUUAUAG